AUGGCAUAUCCAGGAAAAUCAGUUAUCCAAACUCUAAAACGCUACUUGAAGAAGCCAUGGGAGAUCACAGGGCCUCAAUCGAGUCCAGAAUAUGUAUCUGCCGUACCAAAAGCUACAGAGUACAGAGUUACCUGCCCUGCUACAGCACAAGCUCAAGCUAUAAUCCCCAACUCAAAUCCUGAUAUGGUAUAUGAUAUCAAGUACUUCUCUCGUGACCAGCGGCGUAAUCGUCCUCCUAUAAGGCGCACUAUUCUUAAAAAAGCGGAUGUUGAGAAGAUGUUGAAGGAGAAGACAUUUGAUAUUGAUGAUUUUCCGAAACCCUAUUUAACUGCUAAAGUUGAGGAAGAUGAUAAUGCUAUUAGUGGUGGCUACCAGAAAUGA